GAGAGAGAGAUUUCAGGAGCUUGGGUCUUCUUAACGGGGGGGAAACGCACUGAAGCGAAUUCAGCAUUUUGCUUUGAGUAUUCACAGCUUUACACAGUCUCACCCAGCCGACAAGCGAGGGAGAGAGGGAAACAUUCAAGGAGACUUGGCUGAUGCAUCUCUGUGAGAGCAUCCAUUUCACGGCGAUUACAGUUUGAAGCGGAGGAGACGGUGCGCAUUUCUCCGAGAAACGCGGUGCUUUUUUUUCCCUCCUCUCCUCUCUCCUCCUCCUCCGAAGUCAGUUUCCUAGAGUGGCUGGUGGGAGGAAAAGACACUUUUUUUUAUUAUUAUUGUUAUCAUCAUCAUCAUUAUCAUCCUUCCUCCCCUGCGUUUAUCGGCACGGACAGCAUUUCAUAACAAGGCUGUUUACUUGGCGCAAAAAAACCGGGUCAACCGCAGUUCCAGUAGACUACACUGCAUCUUUGUUUAGUGGAGAGGAAUUUUGCGGUGCGCAGCUUUAAGACGCAAAAAGGAAUAUCUGACGGCUCAAGUUUUCUUGGAAGUUGCGCAGUGACAGAACAAAAACAAACAUGGGAAUUGGUGGCUAUCUGGCGGUGCCUGGGAAAUGCCUUGUCGUCCUCGGACUUAAAUUGUUAUUCCUUGUACCUGCAGGAGUUCCAGCCAGAACCGGGGAUUCUGUUUUAAAGGACAACAUCACCGUCAGACAGGGGGACAGCGCCGUCUUAAAAUGCAACGUGGACAGCAAAGUUUCGCGAGUGGCGUGGCUCAAUCGCACCACCAUUCUGUUCGCGGGCCGUGAAAAGUGGUCCCUGGAUCCCCGGGUCAUCCUGAUGGAAAACACGGCGGUCACAGAGUACAGCAUCAAAAUCCAAAACGUUGACGUCCACGACGAGGGGCCCUACGUCUGCUCCAUCCUCACAAACAAGAAACCAAAAUCCACAAAAGUGCAUCUCAUUGUUCAAGUACCUGCCAGGAUCACCAACAUAUCGAAGAGCGUCACGGUGAACGAGGGCAGCAAUGUCAAUCUCAUGUGCCUGGCGGUCGGUCGACCUGAGGCCAACAUCAUAUGGAAACAUCAUUCACCAAGGGGCACCCAUAAAUUUGUGACAGAGGGGGAAUACCUGGAGCUAACAGCUAUCACCAAAGAGCAGUCAGGAUCGUAUGAAUGCAUUGCUUCGAACGACAUCUCCAGCCCCGAUGUGAGGACGGUGCAAGUUACUGUCAACUAUCCUCCCUUCAUUUCCAAGGCACGGAGUACGGGAACUCCGGUUGGACAAAAAGGAGUCCUCCAGUGUGAAGCCUCUGCUGUCCCAAGGGCAGAUUUCGAGUGGUAUAAGGAAGACCGCAGGCUCUUCAAUGGACUCAAUGGGGUUAAGAUAGAAAACCAAGAUAAACAAUCCAUGCUCAUCUUUUUCAACGUCUCGGAAGAGGACUACGGGAACUACACUUGUGUUGCCAUGAACAUCAUGGGGAUCACCAAUGCCAGUAUAAUCCUUUAUGGUCCUGGCGCAAUGCAUGACGUGAAUGGGGCUGCCGUGUUGCCCCAUUACUCCCUAUGCCUCCUGCUGACUGUAACCUGCCUCUACCUGCUCAAGUUCUGAUGUGAAAUGUGACCACUUUCAAGCUUCGCUCAGCAUUGGAUGCGAGAACAGACUAUUAGUCCUAUAAGAAGAAUGGAAAUCCAAGAUUGCCAGUGUUUCACUGUUUAGUUUUCUUUUAUUUUCUUUUUCUUUUUUUUGUUUCUUUCUGGCUUUGCAUCGGAGUCUAUUCUCUGUUGGCUCGCCAAGAGUAGGAGGCAUCAAUCCGAGGAAGGGAAAAUUUGGAAUCAUGCACUAAUUUGAUGGUAGAACUACCGAGUUUGUGUCUCCCCAAAUCUUUUUGUAUGUGAAACGAGCAAAAAAAGGAAAAAAAAAAAAAAAUACAUAUAACUGUUGAUAGUUGACUGUUUAUUGCCCAGUAUUGAAGUGUACAUUCAGAUUAUUAUUAUUGUGUCACGUCCUGUUCAAUAUCUGUAUAAUACCAUUACGCUUUUUUAAGUAAAGUACAAAAAAAAAGGUAAAAAUACAACGUGAUUCUUGGAUUUUACUGUAUUUUUACAGUCGUAUGCAAAACACAAUAACGGAUCCUUCACGACAAACAGUUAUAGCAACAAAAUAAUAAAUAGUACACCAUAAUUUCUCAGGCAGAGUCCUAUGGCAUAGUGCAUCCAAAUUUUUAUUUCCAUCGUAGUGUGUGUAGAAAAUGUACAAAUGUGUACAGACAAUUCCUGCACUGUUUUUUUUUUCUUUUUUCUUUUCAAAAUGCAUACAUUCAAAAUGGUAUUUUUUAUUUUAUUUUUGAAACACCUUAUCACAGCGUCAUAGCAGCUUCAUGGCACAUUCAUGGCUCAUAAUCUGAGAGACUCGUUCAUGUGAAGCGUCAUUUAGGAGGAGCUGCGUUGUUCUCUACAGUCACAAAGUGAGAUUUUAAGAGGUUGAUGUGUCAGAUUUGAAUCCUGAUGGACGCAUUGCAUGAGUGAUGAUUGGACCCUUAAAGUCUUAUGCUAAUGGGCGGUCUGAUUGGCGAAGGGAUGGGAAACCACGUUUAAUUUGCCCAUUCUUAAUUAGGUUUUUGUCUUUUCAAAGUUGCAGCUAGUAUAAAUUCACCGGGCGGUUGAGAUGAUCCCAGAGAUUUGUAAGAAGAAAAGCACCUUUAAUUAUCUGCCUUUGCUUUUCACCUACCUGCACCCAAAGUUUUCCUCAUGCUGUUUAGUUUUGUUUGAGCAGUGCACCUUUAUGCAAAUGAGACAGGUUGCUGCUCAUCGCAAUCAUGCUGGUGUUAAUUGUUUGUUAACCUAACUUUAUUACUGUUGUAGUCAAGCAAAGUGCGAACUUAAUUACCAGCACCAUGCUGCAGCGAGAAGACAACGGCAACAAUAUCUGUGACGAGAAUAAAACCAGACGUAUGGAAAUGCAUCUAGUCGAGGAAACAUCUCCUUCAGUUUCAUCGGUUUCUAACAUUUUCCUCCAAAAAAACCUGCUGUUGAAUGUUCCGUGCAGCUGCUAUGAAGCUUUUCCAGGUGUUGUGAAUGUGCGUUUUUUAACCCGGUUUGCCCUGAGAUAAACGCCAGGCGCUGUUCUCGAGACUGCGGGGUUUUGGCGGUUGAGUUCCGUGGUCGGUGGGCACGUUUCCGCCCCCCUCCCCCCACCACCCGACAGAAAUUCCCGGCGGUGAGAAUAUUCAGAGAGCACAAGUGAUUGCUAAUGUGAUGUUCUUCUAUUGUCCAGUUCACUCCUGUGCAUAGCUAUGAGUAAGACGUGUGUCGAAGAUAAAACAACAGGAAUGAGACUGAUGUACGUGGGAAUGCUUUUGUUGUACUCACAUGUUAAGUUAUGUGCUUGUGAUGAUGGUAAAAACCAGUCAGCUGCUGACUAUGUCACAGGAUGUGGUAUCACUUUUUAGGGGUUUGCAAAAAAAAAAAAGAAAAAGAAAAAACACACACACACUCAUGAAGGUGUGAUACAGAUGAUUGAUACAGAAAAUUUAAAAGUUAAGGGUUACUGUUCACCCUUUCCAACCCAGAUAGAUUAACAUAAUAAAUAGUGAUGUCAAUACGCUUGAAUCAGUUUGUUUCAAAUCCCUAUUAAAAGAGAACUGAUACUGGAA